GUGCGUCUCAUUUGCCCAGAGUGCAGAGAUCCAAAUCCAAACAUUGUCGAAGAAUUUGGGAGCGGGGAUCUUGUGUGCGGAAGCUGUGGACUGGUCCUGGGUGAUCGUAUUGUUGAUACAAGAAGUGAAUGGAGGACAUUCGCAAACGACGAAGGCGAUGAUCCUUCUCGA